AUGGAGGGCCGGGACGCAGCAUCGCAAGGGGAGCCCGAGACGGCUAGGCGACAAGAGUCACAGAGCCCAUUCCCACAGGCGCCACCGGGCACAUGGCAGCAGAAGCUGGACGCUUUCGUGGAGCCCUUCGUCAUCAAGUAUCUCUGGGAUCCGCGAUUUGCCGAAAAUUGUGCCUUCCGUGGUGUACAGACCUUCGUUGUUGGUGGCGCGAUGGGCUUCGUGAUGGGCAUCUUUUUCUCGAGCUUGGGUGGCCCCUCCAGCAUGGGCAUGCCCGACGUUGAGAUGAAGGGCGGGUGGAAGAAGCAAACGGCAGAGCAUUUCAAGCACAUGGGCCGAAGUGGCGUGUCCAUGAUGAAGGCCUUUGCUUACGUGGGUGCUCUGUACGCCACUACUGAGUGCGUCGUAGAGAAGUACCGGGGCAAGAGUGAUCUAAUGAACCCGCUCAUUGCUGGCUGCAUCUCAGGCGGUCUCCUUGCUUCAAGGGCAACAGCCAUGGGCUGUGGUGGCUUUGCUGCAUUUUCUGUUGGCAUUGACUGGCUCAUGAUGGAGAAUCACUAG